AUGUCGGAAUCGCAGCGAGGCGUCGAGUUGAGUUUUGAGGCUGGCGAUGUGCAAAAAGAGGAGGAAGAAGAGAAGAGGAGAGAAGAGAGGACAAUGGCCCUGCUGGUGUCGCAGCAAACGACGGGCUCGAGGCAGAAGAGCAGGGCGAAGAAGAAGCAGAAUGGAGAAGAAGAAGAAGAAGAUGCAGAAGAAGCAAGAAGCAAAAGCACUGAGGCCUGCUACAGAAACUCGUUUGGCGGCAAGUUCAGCGCUUCCGCCGUGCCUUGUCUCACCGAUCAGAUAGAAAAGGCGGCUGAACGCUGUUGGACGGAGAAAGGAGGAGGAAGACGAGAUGGUCAGGUACAGGCGCCAUAA